UGCAAGAAGUGAACGUUUUGCAAAGUGCGGGGUUUGGAGAGGCUUCGUCUCACUGCGGAGCCGGGAGUGAAAUAAUUCGGAAAAGAAGGCUGAUGGGCGGAGUUUCGGACCGCAAUCCCAGGAGCCCAGAAAGGCUAUGAAAGCAGCCGGCUAUGGUGGACGGCGAGACCCCGAAACUACUUCCCAAGUUAAUUCAAGAAGGAAACCUCACCCGUUUCAAACAAGAGAUUCAAAAUGUCGUGGAUCUGAGCGGGGAAGUGAAGCGGAAGCACUUUGGGCGGUCGGGGGACACGCUCCUCCACUACGCGGCCCGGCACGGCCACGUGAACAUCCUCCGGUACUUGGUGGAGACUCUGGAGAUGGACAUUGAGCUGUUCAAUAACGAUUACAAGCGGCCCCUCCACGAGGCAGCCUCCAUGGGCCACCGGGACGUCGUCUUGUACCUCCUGGAGAGAGGAGCGGCCGUCGAUUGCUUGAAGAAAGCAGACUGGACUCCACUGAUGAUGGCUUGUACCCGGAGGAACCUGGACGUGAUCGAACAUCUCGUGCAGCGCGGGGCAAACCCCCUGCUGAAAAACAAAGAUGGCUGGAACUGUUUCCAUAUCGCCUGCCGCGAGGGAGAUCCUCAGGUCGUCUGCUACUUGCUCGACGUCUCUCCCGACAUCUGGGACACAGAAAGCAAAAUCAAAAGGACGCCUCUGCACACGGCAGCGCUGCACGGCCGUCUGGAGGUAGUGAAAAUUCUCCUCGAGCGGUGCCCCUACAAACCUGACAGCGUGGACCAAUGCGGAGUCACCCCCUUUAUGGAUGCCAUUCAGAACGGCCACCUGGUCAUUGCACGCAUGCUUCUAGAAGAGCACCAGGUCCCCGGCUAA